GAACUUGCCAAAGAUCCCACGGCCCACAUUAUGGGAGUACUAUAACAAGUACAUUCGUGUUGUAAUUUUUGCAAACGGACAAUAAAGCUGGCUUCCUUCCUUCCCCUCAUUCCUUUUGACCUUUUCCUCAAUUAAUUGUUACAAGAACUAAAGGAAAAAUGGUCAUAUACAGAAUUCACGCGGAAUCCUGAUCCAAAAUUAUCAGCGAACUGUUGAUUCAAUUCAUUGCGUAAGUUACUAACGUUCCCCUACAAAGAGGAAAUAGGGAAGGCAUAUGGAAGUGUUGCAUAAAUUUGAUCGAUUAAACAUGACAACUAGUUUGCAAAUCAAUUCCCAAAAAGAAGUAGCUUUGCAAAUUUCUCCGCAUGGUCUGCAAUUGAGAAGUUCUCAGGCAAUAUUGAGGUAAUCUAAAUCAACAAGCCUGGUUGACAUCGUUUUGGUGAAAGCAUCAAGCCUUAUUUUACACUGAAAAGCCUUAUUAUACAACAUUCUGGUUCUUUUCCCCGCGUUGUGACUUUUAUGCUAUCUAUGGCAUCGUCUGCUGACUCAUGGAUGCGAGAAUUUAAUGAAGCAUCCAAACUUGCGGAUGAAGUCGGUUCUAUGAUUUCUGCAAGGAACUCCUUGCCCUCUUCCGGACCUGAAACACAACGACAUUUAUCUGCAGCUCGGAGAAAAAUCACUAUAUUAAAGACAAGGCUCGAUACUCUCCAGUCCCUUCUUCCAACACUCCCAAGCAAGCAGCCUUUAACCAAAAAGGAGAUGAAGCGUCGUCAUGACAUCCUCGAUAAUAUGAUUACGAAAGCUAAUCAGAUGGCGACCACACUCAACAUGAAUAACCUUGCAAAUAGGGACAGCUUGCUUGGCCCAGAAACUAAGCGACCUGAUGUUAUCAGUCGGGCAACUGGUCUUGACAACCAGGGUCUUGUAGGCUUUCAACGACAAGUUAUUAAAGAGCAGGAUGAGGAUCUUGAUAAAUUGGAGGAGACAGUGACAAGCACAAAACAUGUUGCAUUAGCAAUCAAUGAGGAGCUGAACCUACAUACUGCACUACUGGAUAACUUAGACUACCAUGUUGAUACAACAAACUCCCGGCUUCUGAGGGUGCAAAGGAAAUUAGCAUUUUUGAAUAAACGCACAAAAGGCGGCUGUACAUGGUUGUGCCUUUUGGUCAUAUUUAUCGUUAUUCUAGCCGUUGUCAUUUUCCUAUUGGUAAAGUACUUGUGAUAAUUGAUGAUGGUAAAGUAUCAUCCAAUUCUUCUAUUGUUCAUUGUUGGCUACAAGAGAAGCCCUUUGUUCCAUUCCUUUUGCAACUUCUUCAAUCAACUUCAAAAGUUCUAGCUAUACAAGGACUGCAAAUUUUUCAUCAUUUGUUAUGAAAGCAGGUAUUAUGUAUAUUUUGGGUUUUCCUGUGCUUCCGGGGGAAUCGUACAUGACACAAUAUAGCUUUUAAUUUAAGAAGAAACAAGGCUCCGCCAUGGAUACAAGUGGCGGUUGUAGAGACAAUUCUUAUGAACAUAUUAAAUUUUAUGGUGCAAUGCAUUCUUCAGGCUUAUAGUCAAA